AUGGGAAAGACAGGUAAAGGAAAAGGAGGAAAGAACAGAAGAAGAGGGAAGAACGAUUCUUCAGCUUUCAAAAGAGAAUUAAUCUUCAAAGAAGAAGGUCAAGAAUAUGCUCAAAUCACCAAAAUGUUAGGUAAUGGUAGAAUUGAAGUCAGUUGUUUUGAUGGUAUUAAAAGAAUGGGUCACAUUAGAGGAAAAUUAAGAAAGAAAGUUUGGAUGGGACAAGGUGAUAUUAUUUUGGUUUCAUUAAGAGAUUUCCAAGAUGAACAGUGUGAUGUUGUGCAUAAAUAUAAUUCUGAUGAAGCUAGAGCUUUAAAGAAUAAUGGUGAAUUACCAGAAAAUGCUAAGAUUAAUGAAACUGAUACAUUUGGAGGUGAUGAAGAUGAUGAUGUUAACUUUGAGUUUGGAGCUAAUGAUGAUGAUGAUGAAGAGGAAGAAGAAGAUGAGUUAGAUAUUGAUGAUAUUUAA